GUCGACUCCCGCCCAAAACCUGCAGCACCACAUCUUCACUCACCGUUGCACUCGCCUAGCCUAUUAGCAGCAACCAUCUAAUUUUCUGUUAUUAUCUCCCCAUUGAUACAGCUGCCCCCUCCCCUACACGUCUUUACCAUUCUGGUCUUCCCCGAAGCAUCUCUGAUCUUGCCCAGAUCAUGCCACCAACAGUAAUCAGGACCUGCCCGUCGGCAGACGACGACUUCCAGCCCCUGAGCGAGUACCAGGCCCAGACUCCCAACACCUUCUUCGAUAGCAAGCCUAUCCUCUACUACCACGAUGAGAACGUAAAGGCGUGGGUCUCGGGCGAGCAGCACGAGCAGCUCUACUUCUUUUCCAAGGCCUCGGGAGACGACGAUCUUGCUCUGUAUCCCACUCCACCUGAGUCUCGUGCGCUCAAGGACGGAGAUAAGCACUAUCGAGAGGAGAAGGUUGAGGUUUUCGUUGCAUCCCACAAAUUGAUCAUCUUUUCUCACAAGAGCGGGACCGGUAUCGAGAUACCUUACCCGUCUAUUACCCUCCACGCCAUUAAGAAUUUCCGGCUCGAGGAGGGAAAUGAUGACGCUUCAUCCAAGUUCAUCUCUGUUUAUAUGCAGCUCGAGUUAUCUAGUUCGGGUGACGAUGAGGACGAGGGCUCGGACCCGCUUGAGCUCUUCCUCAUCCCGUACAAGGCGUCGCCGCGGGAGAAUCCAUCCGCCGAGGGGGCACCGGCCAUCGACCCCCUGAGCGCCGAGAGAGCCACCGCGCUAUUCAACCAGAUCUCGGCGUGCUCGAAUCUGCACCCAGACCCGGCAGACGAGGAAGAGGAGGACGGCGACGACGAGUUCGACCGCAUCGUCUUCGAGGGAAACGUCGAGGGCAGCGAAAUCGACGGCCUGCCCGGCGUCCUGAGAGGAGACAGCUCGGGCGGCCUGCCGCCGCCCAUGCCGGGGAGCUCGGGUUGGAUCACCGCCGACAAUGUCGACCAGUAUUUCGACGCCGACGGCAACUGGAUCGGCCGAGAAGGCGUCAGCGGCGAGCUGGGGGACGGCGCGGGUCGCGUUCGAGGGCGCGACGAAGUGGAACAGGACGGCGUGAAUGGGCUGCAGAACGGUGAAGACGUCGACCCGAAGCGUCCACGAACCGAAUGAAAGCGUCACUGGUGGUAUGGCGUGCCUCGCAUUCUACGAGGCCACAUGUCCCCGCCGAGGUGUCCAUAAACCCAGAGGAGUUGCGGGAUCCGCAUCUGUUCUACAGGCACCCUAGUAGCUAUACUGCCGUCAUAGUAUCGAAUAGUACCCCUUGACCCCCAAGGCACGGGGGAGCGAGAUAGAAUUGCCUAUCCUACCUAACUCGCGGCUCGUGCCAAAUUAGAGUCCAUGGGCACUGUCCACGACGUGGGAAGCCCGUGA